AUGCGUUCCGUCCACCUCGCAGAUGAAAACUGCAAAUUCGGCUCCAGAAGUGCUGGAGAAGGUAUUCGCUUCGCGACAGAUACGAUAAAGAUUUCAUUUUACUCUGUUCCUAUUCAGCCAAAUGCUUUCGCGAUUCGUCACGUUGAUUUGACUAAGAAGGAACUUGAUUUUAAUCCGAAAUUCGAGGAACUAUUUGCCCCUGUGGUGGGACCCGAUAAUCCGUUUAAAAGCGAGCAAUGCCUUCUGUCUAAGAACAUUCUGACCGGCUUCGUUGAGAACGCGCAUUUCAAUGAUUUUCACUUCGAGAUUAUUCAACGGCGAUUUUGUUCUAAUACAGCGGUCCUAAACAUUACGUUGGCAACGUGGCUGCUGCGGAGACCACCGGAGGUACACACAUACAUCGUAGGAGUGACCGUGUUCGAACCGGUGAAGAAGAAAGACGCAGCGAAGCGGAAGAAAUUGAAAAAUAUGGAUCCUGCCGAUGUUGAGGGAUUCACCGGACCUUGGGCGGCAUUUGAGGAUGAGAACCGAAGUGCAAAACCUGAUCCGGAGACGAUGAAGUGCAUCGAAGAGUUUCUUCGUAAACGGAAGAAGAUCAGCAAGAUCACGCGCGAAGAAGGCAUCGAGGAAAAGUCAGUCCUGCACAGUAUGCUCAAGGACCCUUACGACUACCAGGGUCGGUCGUUCCUCGUGCCUCCGCAUGACGUUGGCGUCAAUCUGCGUGACGAUAUACAUACAUGGACAGGGCACACGAAGGGAGUGCAGGCCAUCCGGUGGUUUCCGGGAUCCGCCCAUCUUUUGCUCUCCGCAAGUAUGGAUUGUAAGAUCAAGCUGUGGGAAGUUUAUAAACAGCGACGCUGUAUUCGUACGUACGUUGGGCACAAAAUGGCUGUUCGGGACGUGUGCUUUAAUAAUGCUGGAACCGAGUUUUUGUCCGCCUCCUACGAUCGCUACAUAAAGUUGUGGGACGCAGAAACAGGUGAAUGCAAGCAGCGGUUUACCACCGGAAAGGUGCCGUACUGUAUCAAAUUUCAUCCAGAUGAAGAUAAACAAAACAUUUUCUUGGCCGGCAUGCAGGACAAGAAAAUCAUUCAGGUUUGUAUGUUCACUGAUGUUUCUAGCUUUUCCCGUAGUCGAUCGCGCCUAAUUAUUUAUCCUUGGCUGACCCAUCAUCAGCUCCCCGCGUACUUCCAUCGCAGUUCUCUCCUCGAAAGCUGCGUUUUAUGGUGUCAUCGCGCGUGCGCAGACUCAGUCACGGCU